AUGGCUCAAAAGCAAAGCAAUGAAACAACCAGCAGAACGACAACUGAAAUCAUUAACGAAGAGGAGGCACGUGCUCCGUCGGAGGCUCAGACCACGCCCACACUGCAAUUGCGACUAGAACAUCCGCGGGACGAACGACGGGUCGUUUUUCAUGCUGGGGUUAUAGACAAUGAAAAUUUUAAUCGCAAAAAAUCAAAAUGCUGCUGCAUAUUUAAAAAACCUUUAGCGUUCGACGAGAGCUCUUCAGAAGAUGACGAAGACUGCGAGCACUGCUUUGGGCAUCCCGAAAAGCGGCGGAGAAACGUUAGGAACAGCCAAGACUACGAUGCAAACUUGACUUCGGAGGCUACGCAUCCGAAUGGACCAUCGACAUCCACGAGAGAGGGGGAAUCUAGGCAUCCGCCAGCAGAGCCUACUGAAUUACCGGCCAAUCAGAAAGGUCCUGACUAAGGAGUCAACUUCACUUCGAACUGGUGGAUAGUUCGUACCGCUUCAAUUAAAAUAUGUACAUAUAAUAAUAAACGUUAACAACACUGA